AUCACACAUUAUCGCUACACAUUCUGCAUACUCUUCUUAAUAUUUUUUUGCCAUUUUGUUACGGUUGAAACGACAAGCCAGUCCACUGCGUGAACGAAUACAAAUGGCCAGUCGCAAAAUCACACCAUCGUCGCUCAUGAUCUCGUCCGAGGACCCAGACGCUGACAUUAGGCAGCAGUACAGCGAGAGUGUUAUUGAUAAUGGCAGCGACAAGAUGGAUGAGCAUGACGACACUGAAUCCCGCAAGCAGCAGCGCUUACUGCAAGCAUGUGACAGCUGCCGGCGCAAGAAAAUAAAGUGCGAUAGCACGAAGCCCUUGUGCUGGCAGUGCAAGAAUAUGAGGCUGGCUUGCCACUACAGCCCACUGGUCCGCAAGAGACGCAGACGUCGCAGUGCUGUUGGCAACCUGGAGCAGCGCAUCGAGUGUAUGGAGCGGAUUCUGCAGCCGCUCAUCGAGCGGAUUCUCCCUACCAGCUUGGCAAUGGAUGUGACACAGGGCUGCACUUCGCCCCUCGUCCAGAAUAGUGCGCAAAUUUACCUGCCCGUCGAUCAGAGAAUUCCGCACGAGCUAUGCAGCCAACGCCCAGCUCUCAAGCUGCCUUCGCCAGACAUCAUUGAGGAGAUGAUAGGGUUUGUGGUCAAGCAAGUCACGCCGAUGGCGCCCCCGACCACAAUGAGGCUGCAAAUUGAACGCUUUCGCUCGGGAGAGCUACCUGAAUUUACCAUCUGUGCAAUCAUUGCUCUGGGGGCGCGUUUCAGCAGUCGCCCUGAAUUCGUGUGCUCGCCCAAAUACAAUGCGGGCCGUGCUUUUGCCGAGCGAUCGGCCGAGCUCAUCUCCGGCCUGGUCGAUCGACCUAGCCCUAAUGUGGUUGAAUGUCUUAUGAUGCUAUCGACAUAUGAGUGGGGUUGUGGACGUGGCGAAUCGGCAUGGACAUACAAUGGGAUGGCUACACGGCUUGCCCAGAGAUGCCGCCUGCAUUUAAUUGAUGAGGAGGAUUUUAACGAGAACUCGAACGGCAGCUCGCGCUGCUGGGCUGAAGCUGAAUGGCGCCGGAGGCUAUGGUGGUAUGUUUAUUGUGGAGAGCGAGUGUCGGUGAUCGUCGCAUCACGGCCAGCAACCGUGCACGACGACGACAUCGUAGUCAAUCUGCCGAGCCGCGACUACAACUGGAUAAUGGGCAUAAUUCCAGAUGAGAACGAGCUGCCUGCACAAAUCCCCGACUACUGGUGGAUGGUCGUUGAGAUGUACCGGAUUGGCGGACGCAUUGCCGAGUUUGCGAAUCGCAGAAGGAGACCUGUGCGCCCAUCGGAUCUGUCCCGCCGCGCCACUUUCGAUGCACUCGACAAGGAGCUGGAGUCCAUCCGCGGGCGCUUCGUUCCGUACUUGGAGUUCCCGCCGCGCACGGAAUGGCUGCUCAGCGGCUACGCAAACCUGGGCGACGGUGCUAGUGGCACAACUAACAUCUACUCAAUUUACUUUGACCUGCACAUCAUGUACUACGGUGCCAAGAUCAUCCUGUAUCGCUCCGAACUGCCGUCAUAUACCUAUGAAAAGAUCAGUCCCAGAGAUGAUUCAGCGAGCCAAAGCGGUGUGCAUUGAGGCAGCACAUAAGCAAGCUGACGUUAUUCGCUGGGCAAUGGAGUCUUUGUCUGCUGAGUAUUGGGGCCCGCAUGUUGGAAUCUGGUCUGUUCAAGGAGCCUUC